GUGGGCAGCGGAGGGGCAUGGACACGUGCUGGGAUGUUUGUGUGCAUCAACCCAUCUGGGGGCAGCCCUUGGCUCAGGGUGGGCAUGGAGUGGGCGCACUGCAGCUCUGUAGCCCUGUGCAGAACCCCCAAGCUGGGGGGACCCUGGAAGGUGCCCCAGAUGUCUCCUUAUGGCGGGGGGGAGGUCCCAGGCCAGACUGGUGGCAGUGUCAUUGCUGUGCCCAGCACCUCCCACGGUGCUUGGCUGGGCCGGGGGCAGCCCAGGACCCCCGAGCAGGACCCCCUGCAGUCCCACAGCAGCAGACAGAGCUGAGGAGGCCGAAUGUUUUGGGUGCAGCUCUGGGAGGAGCCGUUCCGCUUGCAGGGAGCCCUGAUAAGAGCCCAGCUGGUUUCUGUGUCCCUGCUCCCCUCCUGUGCCAGCUGCCAGCGCUCCCCACUGAGGGGGUCCCCUUCCAGCCGGGAUUUCAUCCCUCCCAAACAUGGGCCAGCCAGGUCGAGACCCUUGGCCUCUGCUGAACUGGGACUCUGAGGGUGACCUCAAAACUGAGCAGUGGCCCCUGUCUGGGACAAAGUUGGCACAGGAGUGACUCUUCCCAGGAGAUGGACAGAGUCACCAGGCACCUUGUGUUCCAGCUGCCACAGGCCUCGCACAGGCACGACUCGCUGGCAGACCUGAGGGCCAGCAGCGAUGAUGACGUGUUCAGCUCUGCUCAGCACAGCAGCCAGAGGGUGGAAAAUGGCUACAGCUGGAAGAGGAGGUCCCAGUCACCCUCGUAUUUCCUGGAAGGUGGAAGAGAUGUGUGGACCCCAUCCCCGGACAGGGAGUCCAAGCUAGAGGUGGUGAGAUCGGGAAGCCUGUACGACCUCCGGGCUUACAAGGGUGAGAGGAAACCCUCGAAGCUCUAUGAUGAUGAGGAGCAAGACCUGUACAGGGUCCCUCCACCCAACAUCUCACCUGAGAAAGCCAGGGAGCUGGAAGAUGAGAGGAAGGAGGUCAUCCGGAGCCAGGUGAUGAGGAAGAGCUCAACUAUUGCAGAGAGGUGGAGCUCCAUGGAUGAGCUGGGCGCCAUCAGCACGGGCGUGGGCAGCCAAGGUGAAGGCAGGCACACAGGCAGUGUCCCCACCAGCUUUGCCAUCUGGUUUGACAAAUCUUCCCCAGGCAGGGCUGCAACGCCCGUUGACCCUGAGAAUAUUGACACAGAGCAGAUCAACUUCUCUGCGGCUCGGCAGCAGUUCCUGAUGCUGGAGAAGACCAACCCCGGCUCAUUCUUCAGCCCAGGGCAGCAGGCCAUGUCCCCAAGGCCAGAAUCAGUGACAAAAGUCUCCAGAGAAGAGUGGUACAGCCCUGAGAUGGCCACAAAGGGUACGAGAGGCUACAGCAGUGCCGGUGCAUCAAGCCAGAGCGGGACAGACAAGAGCGUUUACCAGGUUUAUGGUGUGUCCUCAUACAAGACCCCCCAGAAAGAGGAGGUUUAUGCUCCCAGAAAAGCUCACACAGAAAGGUCAUAUCCCAUCGGGAAGACCUCCAUCCUGACCAAAGCAGGGUCCAGAGAAGACCUGGACUCUGGCUUGGGUGAGAUGUAUAACGAAGCCACUGCGGGCUACGCCAGCGAUGGAAGCACCUCCAACGAGACCUUCCAUGUGGAUCUGCAAGCCAGCAGCAAUGGGCUGGGCAAGGAGACGAGGGUCAGCAAUGAGACACCCAUUGAGCGGGAGAUCCGCAUGGCCAUGGAAAGGGAGGAGAACCUCUGGAAGGAAAGGGGGAUCCAGCGGCUGACCUCCAGCAGCGAGCUGGUGGAGAUCCAGACCAGGCCUGUCCUCAACAUUCACACGUCUCCCGGCCCAGGCAGGAAAGGGAAGGACAGAGGCCGCGCUUCCCUUUACGUCCAGAGGGAAAUUGAACAGGAAACGAAGCGUGAGGAAGAUCUGAAGAGGCAGGGGAGGCUGCUGGGGGCAUAUGACAGGGGGACACAACAGGAGCUGGAGGAGCGCAGGAGGGUGUUCGAGCAGGAGGAAGCCCCCCCAGAGAAGCCCACUCCCCUGAAGCGGGCAGAGGAGAGGAGGAGCUGGGUUAAAGAGUUUGUGGUGGAGCAGCCCUCAAGCCCCAGCCCCGCAGAAGACACCAGGGCUGGGAGAAGCAUUCCCAGCUACACAGCGAGCAUUGCCCACUUCCAGCUGUCCCAGCCGCGCUUCGCCGCCAGCGAGAGGAGCCGGGAGCAGCCUUUGGUGUCCCAGCACGCUUCCGCCAGCGCCAGCAAAUGGGGGAGCGAGGAUUCCUGGGGAGGAAAGCUUCCCGACUCCACCCCGAGCCCCGCCAGCACUGCUGUCCUGCCCAGAGAGUACUUGAACCUCUCCUUCUGGAAGCCCAAGGUGUCCUUCGUGGAGGACAUGGGGACCCAGAGCCCGCUGCGGAGGGAGGACGGCCGGGAGGAGCAGUACCGGCUGCGGACCUGGAAGCCACAGACGUCGGCGCUGAUCGAGGAGGAGAUCUGGAGUGACCUGCAGAGGGAAGAGGAGCUCCAGGAGCAGCGGAGGCGGCUGAUGGACACCUACAGCAAUGCUGUUCCCCAGGAGGGCUCCCGCUCUCGGCACAGCUCUGCUGCCUCAGGUGCCAGUGGCAACUACUCAGUGUCCGAGUCUCCUGCCUCCUCUCCUGCCUCACACCAGGCGGGGAUCCUGGGGCUGAUCUCAUCCUUCACCCCACUGAGAGUGACCAGUUCCUCCCAGGGCAGCACAGAGACCCUCACCCCUGACUCGUCGCGUUCCAGCCCCUUUGAGGAGCGAAGGAAGAGGGUGAAGGAGGAUGGAAAGUACGCAGGCAUUGAACCCGUUGACAAGGUCAACACAGAGGUGGUGGAAAGCACCCGAGUGUUUCGCCACAAGAGCGUCAUGGCCCAGCGCUGGGAGGCCGGGCAGUACGUCCGGGAUGAGGACUGAGGGACCCCCGGGCUGGGGGCUGGCCCUGUUCACCACCAGCUGAUGCGUGACCUAAAUACUCCAUCAGUUCCACCCUUGGCCAUCGCAACAAUCAGAGAUGUGAACCCUGCAAAUCAAUCUGGUUUAUUGUUAAACUGAUAAUUCUUCCAUGCAAUAGAUCAGCUCCUUCCUCCUCCUCCUCCUCCCUAUGGGGUGGAGGAACACUUUUUUUUUUUUUUUUUCUUAAGAGGGAAAAAAUUGGAUCAGUGUCUUUUUAAUCACUUCUGCCUGGAGCCAGCCAGGUGAAAUCACCCGAUAAUUCACUUUGCCCCUCGGGAGCUGUGUCUCAGGCUUAUGAAAAAGCUGUUUUAUUUCUCAGUGGUUUUAGGUUUUUAAGUACCACCAGGCUGAGCAUUGCCGUGGGGCUACCUGAACUGAGGCCUCUGGAUCAGUGUUGCCGUGGGACUUGGGAAUCAACAUUGGUUUAACUCCUGUGAUCCGUGGAGAUGCAGCAAUGGAAUAUAAAAAUAUAUAUAAAUGCUGUUUAUUUUGCUAAUUUAUUAAAGAGUUGUUAUACUC